GAAUACCAGUUUCUCCAUUCUACGGAGUAUCCUCGUCUAUACCACUCCUUCUACGCCUUAGUGGCGCGGUCAACAAACGCGAGCAGGACUCACGCGGCAUUGCCAGCCCUCAAACGAGCACCGUCAAUAUAAUAUCUAAAAUAGAUUAUCCUUCCAACUGGCUACUAUUCACCAAGGAAUUUAAUGUCAUUAUGUGUCAUGGCGAUGUCAGAACCCUCCUCUGCUAGAAGGAAAUCCACCCGACGCGUGACUCCUAGGGCUGGCAAGAAUACAAUGAAAAGAGACACGAAGCCAGUAGUAGAUUUGGAAAAGCCAAGGACAUCAGAUGACCUGAACAAGGAUACUUUGGUAAACUUGUUUGGUCCAGAUUAUUUGGAGGAGUUGGAAGAUCUCGACGAAGAAGACGAUUUCGAAGAGGAAGAAGAAGAGGUGCAAACUUCUUCACCAUCACCACCACCGCAGCCAUCACAACCGAAACGGGUAAAGAUCCCUAUUUCCACUGAUCCACUCGAAAAGACUUGCAUUGAGAAAGAUCCCCUACCUGCUGGCUAUAUAUUCGUCCGCAGAGGAGACGUAUACAUCACGCGCCACUGUAGAAGCAAGACAAAAGACUCAAAGCGCACAGUCUACCUUGUAUAUGACGCCAAAGGCAAACGUACCCUCGGCAUUCGUGUCCCUAAAGACAUCUACCACUCUGUUCGCUCCGAUGCGGUAGCAACUGCCUCCUCUCGUGCCGAUGCCGUCAAGGUACGAGACGAGCGGGACCUUGCGCGGUCCCGAAAGCUACUACUAGCUCAAUUUCCCAAAAUGCCUCCAUCAUCGCUCGAGAGGAUUCUCGAGCACGCGUUUCUGAAAGGGUCCGGACGGGUAGGCCGUUCGACGAAGAGAUCGGAUGAGCGUAAGGCGGAGUUAGCAGUCGAAGCACAUAUUCGGCAUCUGCAUACGCCGUAUGAGGAGUUGCUAGACCAGGGUAUGCAGAGGGAUCAAGCAAGGGAUCGGGUAUGGGAUGCAGUGCAGGAGGUGAAAGCCGCUUGGGGAGGACAGAGGAGAGAUAGUCCACUGCCGUCGAAGAGGAUCAAGAGGAAGAGGAGGACCAAGGCUCCAGGAACGAAGGUUGCUAAGAAGGCAAAGAAGAAGUGAAGCACAUUGGCGCAAAGUCGAUAUUUCACUCGCUUCUUCGACAUGGUGGCUAGUGACCGUUCAGACGUCGAGGAU